UCCCAUCAGGUUGCAUUGUAUACAGUGGAGAGUGCAAUGUCACCCCAGUUAAUGAGACAAAAGUUUGUGCGGGUGUCAACAGCACUGCUCUACAGGGUCGCCUUGACAACGGGCAGAUCAGCGGAGUCCUCUGUGAUUUCGGCGUCGAUGUUUACGCUUGUGGCUCGCUGUCUAUGUUGACAUCGGAAAACUUGGUGAGCCUGUUGAAGUGUAAGUUGUCUGGCAACACCAGCCACUCAGCACAGAUCUGGAAACUGUUCUUCUCUAAGGUCUCGGUGGUCCUGAACUCAGCCCUGGAUCUCUUCUCCAACACCACACUAGACCCCAGCUCUCCAGCAGUGUCCCAGGCCCUGGAUGCUAUAAGAGAGGUCAGGCUGGACAGCUUCAGCCUGGCUAGUCUCAGAGAUGAGAAAAUCAUCAACCUCUGGUUCAACACCAGACUGCGUCCCUUCCUACCUGCCGUCUCCACUGACUUCCUGUCCUGCCUCGGCACCAAGAACUUCAGCUGCUCCACCUACCAGACCACAGUUCAGAUCCUGAGCAGCCACCACUCAGCCAUGGACCAGUCCAGACAGAUAUCAGUCUAUACUACCUUCAUAGAGGUCUUUCUUUCCAGGAACAACACAGCAGACCCCAGCUGUAGCUCUGACACCCUGAACAGUGGAGACUGGCUGCUGAAGAACUUUAGAGGAUUCUCUGCCUUCGCCUCCUUCAAGGACAUGCAGAGACUACUGGCCACCUUCUCUGUGACGGAGGCCCUGCCCCAGCUCACAGUGAGACAGUUGGCAGAGGUGUCCUCUAGUCCAGACCAGCUCAGCUCUGCUGCAGACGUCACCAUGCUGAUGAACUACGUACCCAACAUCCUCUUCACUGACUUCUUCACUGACUUCUCUCUGGCCAUCACCGGUCAAGAGUCUAAGUUCCCGGUGGCGGUGCGUUCAGCCAUGCUCCAGCAGGUGUUUGAACGCGGGAACCUAUCAGACCGCUCUGUUAGCGACCAGGAAGUACUCACCUGGCUUCAGAGCAGGCUCCGCCCACUGCUGAUCAACCUGUCCCCGCUCCACGUCGCCCCCCUCUUCAGUGUGGUCGCACAGAGGAACUGCAACAUUGGACAGCAGCUGGUGGAGGUGCUGAACGCCACCCUCCCUACACUUCAGGACAACACACGGAGAAACGUCUACGAUCAAAUCACCCUCUCCCUCCAAGGCUCUUCCCCACUCCGUUGCUAUGGCACAAACUACAACCACAGUUUCUAUGGUUACCUGGAGAGUUCCUUCCUGGGUUUCGGCUUCCCCAACCUGACCACCUUCCUCUCCCUCAUACCCCAUAGCCAGAUGGAACAGCUGGUGAACUCUCUGUCUGUCUCUGACCUGGGUCGUUUCCUGCGCCGCCCCAACGUUGUCGACGACGACACAAAACUCUGCCAGCUCUACAGCAACUACGCCAAGACCCCACUGUUCCUGGGGACUGAGAGUAUCCCUGAGUCAGUGAGGCGUCCCACACUGCCGUGUGUCUGGCCCCAGGCUCUCAGCAGCAGUCAGAGGUCAGAGGUCAACGCCUGGUUUGACCUGAGGCUGAAGAACUACCUGCCCUUCCUCACCAGGAGCCUGGUGACCUCCGCCGCUGUCCAGACCGCCCCUUGUCUGGCCUUCCACAAACUCGUCUCAAUUCUGGGGAGUUAUAACUACAGCGCUGCAGACUUUGUGGAGAGAGAUGUGUACAGGGAGACCAUCAGGACGUAUCUCACCUCAGCGUCGGCUCCUAAGUGUUACAACACCAGUGAUCCAGAGCUCAACUCAACUGCCUGGUUUGCUGAGAACAUUGGACUCUUCAUCACUUAUCUCACCUUGGAAGACCUCAACACCUUCGGAUCAGCGCAGGUGUUGCAGGUGUUCACAGUGAACCUGGUGAACAUAGGUCUACUGAACUCCACUAGCCUGCCCCAGAACCUCACUGACUACUACACAUCACUGGUCUACCUACAGGACAGCAACUUCAACCCUCUGUUCCUUCCUCUGUUGUUUAGAUGUGUGGCCCCAGGGCCAGCCUUCAGACAGCUGGACGCUGAGCAGAGCAUGAUCCUUCUACACAACCUGACUACACUGUGUAGAGACCUGGACUAA